AUGGUAAGGGACGGGGAAGAAGAGGGGAGCGAGAGCGAGAGCAAAACUGAGAACGGGAAAGGGAACGAGGACGAAGGCGAGAACGAAACCAAGAACGAGGGGAAUACAUGGCAGGGGGGGAAUACGGGACGGAGAUGCACGAACGAAACGCAAAUCGACGACGACGGCGAAGGGACUUACCUCCUCCCCGAACCCACAUCCACCACGUCCCACACCUACAUCCACGCUCCCGCAGUGCCAGUGAAGACGCUGGGGCUGCGUGCUCGCCCCUCGAGUGCGUUUACGCUUACGUUGGCGUUGGCGUUUGCGUUCGCAGCGAGUCGCGGCGGCGUCAGGAUGAUAUCUGCAAAGGAGUGGGUUAGAGGCGAGUUAGAGGCGUUGGAGGGGUUUGGAGGGAUUGGGGGUGUUGGAGAGUUGAUAGACGAGGCCGCAGGACGAGGCCGACGAGAGCGCGAUGGGGACAACGAUGCCGGGCCAGGCGUUCGAUCUGCGAAAGACAGGAAAGAGGGAGGGGUGCGAGAGCGGGAGCGGGAGCGAGGACGAGGUAGAAGACGAGGUGGAAGACAAGGAGGAGGGGAGGGAGGAGAGAACACGGAGGGAGGAGGGGGAGGAGAAGUUGAACCAGGUACGAAUGUCGGAGGAGGAUGUAGCAGACGUACCGUGGAGAUGAAACGAGACGAUGCCGUCGAGCGCUGA